ACAAAUUGAGCGGUCGCUUCCUUUCUGUCACACUUCGAAUUAGAACUCUAAUAAUGUAUUUCGUAACUCCCGGUCUCAUUUUUACGGUAAUAGCACUUUGGUUGUUGUGGUCAUUCUUGUGGAAAAAUUUUUUCGCUACGAAGAUCAAAGGACCAUGGGCCUUUCCGCUCAUCGGAAGCGCCUACGUCCUGUUUGGCGGAACACACAAUAUUUUGGAAAAUACGGUCCGAGUGGUCAGCAAGUACCGGCCGUUGUGUAAACUGUGGUUGGGCAAUAAGUUGACGAUUUUCCCCUCGAACCCUGACGACAUCCAGAUGAUCCUCAACAGGUCUUUGGAGAAGGAGGAGGGUUAUAGGUACAUCAAGACUGUUUUUGGACACGGCUUGUUCACUAGUCCCGUAAGCGAGUGGAAGGGGCAUCGGAAAGUCAUCGUUUCGACUCUCAACCAGCAAGUUUUGAACAGUUUUAUGGACACGUACAAUAUUUACACGCGGGAAUUGAUCGAGAAACUCAAAAUUGACACCAAGGACGGGCAGCAUAUCGAUAUGUUCCCCAUUAUGACCCAGUGCACCUUGGAUAUCAUCUGCAGCUCCAUCAUGGGGACGCAGAUGAAUGCCAUGAAGGAGGAAAGUCAGUUUAUUAUGUGGAUGACAAGAGUGGCCGAGCUUGCAAUCAUUCGCAUGUUCAACAUCUACUUGUGGCCAGAACUCUUCUGGAAACUCAGCCCAAUCUCGAAAGAGUCGCACGAGCUUGACCAAAAAAUCUACAACUAUGUCAAAACGGUUAUACACAAUAAGAGGCACAAGGGGUUGAAGUCGCACACUGGCAAGAAGAUUUUCUUGGAUUAUUUGGUCGAAUUGACGGACCGGGAGGGCCGAUGGACUGACGAAGAAUUGACCAAUGAAACCAGGAGUGUGAUUAUGGCAGGGAGUGAUGCCACAGCUUUGACCCUUUCAUAUUGUCUUGUAAUGCUGGCGAUGUUUCAAGACAUACAAGACAAGGUGUACGAGGAAUUGUGUUCGGUUUUCGGUGACAGUGACCGGUUCGUCACCGUCGACGAUUUGCCCCAUUUGCAGUACUUGGAUCGCUUCAUUAAAGAGACUUUGAGGGUUUUCCCAGUCACCUCAAUGAUCGGUCGCGAAUUGACCACAGAUAUGACCAUAGAUGGGCAUUUUAUACCAAAAGGUACUUCAAUUGGAUUCCCCAUUUUGUAUAUUCACAGGAACCCUGAAUAUUACCCCGACCCGCUCAAAUUCGACCCGGAUCGUUUCCUGCCGGAAGAAGUUGCCAAAAGACACCCUUGUACUUUUAUUCCGUUCAGUUUUGGGCCGAGGAAUUGCAUUGGUUAUAGGUACGCGAUGAUGACCAUGAAAGUGAUUCUUGCAACUCUGCUUAGGAGUUUCAAAAUGGUGCACACCCCGUAUAAAGAAAUUUCAGAAUUGAAAAUUAAGUUUGAUAUUGCCACCAAAGUCGACGAAGGGUAUCCGGUGCGAAUGGAGCUUCGCAAAAAUGUGGCAGCUGGCACUAAAUAGUUGUGUAGAGUUGGAUUUUGAUCAGAAAUAAACGAUUUCGAGACU